AGGUAGGGCUAAUAAAAUAUUGGAUAAGGCAUUAGGUCAAGUACCCUGGUACUCUCACUGAGCAUGGAGACCUUGGUAGAAAUGUCAUUAUCCAGGGAUGUUUGGUAAGAUCUGGGUCUGAGUGUUGGCAAGGAAGCAGAAUUGUUAGUCUAUAUAUUUUAGGUGGGUAAUUUUUCUCUUAUAUGUAUGGCUUCCCAGAUUUGCAGUCUUCUUCUUUGGUCAGAUGUAGAUUCCAGGAUUUUUGUAUUAUCUACUAGCAUGUUUCUAGUGAAUGUCACUUUAUAUUCACUUUGUACAUAGUUUCUGGGGGCACCAGCUUUUAGAUGGGAAGUCAGUUUUUUCGAAAGCUUUGUGGUGGUCAUACCAACUUAAGUAGAAGCAAAGGUGACAUCCUUCAUUGGGGCAUGUAAAUUGGUAUACAGUACCAUGUUUGCUCUUUGGAGAGGGUUGUGUUGUUUAUUGGGGCUGUUCUUGAGUAUUAAAUCAUCAGUUUGGUACUAGAUGAUAAAGUCCAAUUAUAAAGUCAUCUGGAGUCUAUUUAUAUAGUCUAUCUCAUUCUUCCUCCUGGUGUUAUAUUCUAGAUCUACUUCUGUGGGGUCCAUUACCUGCUUCACACUUUCAGCUAAGCGAGUCUAGACUAAACUGGAAUAACAGUUAUUCCAGUGACUAUUGCUUUGUUUAAUUUCACUGAUGCAUCACUAUUGUGUUGAAUGUCAACCGUAAUGUGUGUGCUCUAGCAUUCUAUUUUGCUCUUAACUGUUGCCACGGUUACCUUUCUUGGAGUUGACCUGUGUUUUCCUGUACCCUGCCAGAAACAUGUUUUGAGGGGGGGUUGUUGUCUACCUCCUCUACAACCUAACUCCUCUUGAAUCACCUUGCUUCCAAGCAGCAUAUGAGACUGUUCUUCCUUGUGGGGCCUGUUGAUGGGAAGAGACAUCAGAUUGUAUGUUUCUACACACUAAAGACCUGCCUAUUAUGCUCGGUUCUGCUGCUGAGUGAAAAACCACAUCACACCAUGAAUCCUGUAAGUGAAACUCCAGAGUCUCAUGUCAAUGGCAUGACGACUCCUACUGCACCUCCUGGCUCCGCUCUCAAGACGAAGAGUCGACCUAGGAAAGCUCCUGAACUUCAGACAGUAGAGAGACGAAAUUGGCUGAUUCAUUUACAUUAUGUGAGAAAAGAAUUUGACCUUUGCAAACAACUAAUCCGAGAGCAGCUGGAAGAGACUCGUGGAAUGUGCGAGUAUGCCAACUAUGUCCAGGGUUUGAUAUUGAGGCAAGAAGGAAAAAUACAAGAGUCGUUUGAGUUAUUCCAGUUGUGCAACAUCCUGAACCCUAGCAGCGUUGAGAACAUCAAGCAGAUGGCUCGUGCUCUAUUUCUUUUGGGACGGCACAAACUAGCUGUGGAGGCAUAUCUUCAAGCUGAGGAUAAAUUGGACAAGCCUGAUUGGGAGCUUCACCAUAAUUUAGGAGUAUGCUACAUGCACUUGAAGGAUUAUGAUGGUGCAAGAGAACAACUCAUGUAUGCCCUGGAGCAAAAUAAGCACCAUCAAACGUUUGCCAUGCUUGCCAAACUGUACCUCCUUGUGAAUGACAUAACUUCUGCUAUCAAUACAUAUCGGGCUGCCAUUGAAUAUUUCCCUGAAAAUGGAGACCUUCACACUGCUCUUGGUCUACUGUACAUGCAAACAGGAAAACAUCAACAAGCUUUUGAGCACUUGGGAACCACUCUUACCUUUGAUCCAAAUAACACACGAGCAAUUCUUGCUGCUGGCUCCAUGAUGCAGAGCCACCAGGAUUUUGAUGUCGCACUGUCCAAGUACCGUGUGGCUGCCCAGACUAUUUCUGAAUCUCCACCACUUUGGAAUAAUAUUGCCAUGUGUUUUUUUGGAAAAAAAAAAUAUGUGGCAUCUAUAAGCUGUCUGAAACGCGCUAACUACUUGGCACCCUUUGACUGGAAGAUUCUGUAUAACCUGGGACUGGUGCAUCUCACAAUGCAGCAGUAUACAUCAGCAUUUCACUUCCUCUCUGCUGCUGUCAACUUACGGCCCUCCAAAGGGCAUAUCUUUAUGCUUCUUGCUAUAGCCCUCACAUAUUUAGACGAUGAAGAAAAUGGCCGCCAAGCAUAUGAACAGGCUGUGCGUCUGGAGGAACGAGAUCCCAGUGUAUGCCUCAACUUUGCUAUAUUUCUGUUCAAUCACAAUGAUAAGGAGGGUGCUGUAAAAAUGCUAAAUGAAUUUGAAGUAAGAAUGGUCAGGUUCCGACAGGCUACUGGAGCAGAUCUUGACACUGAGGUAAUUGAAAAUGGAGCCAAAUUAGCAUCACUCCUAGGUGUAGAUGGAUCAGUGUUUCGUAAAAAAACUAAUCGAACAAGACUUGAUGCACAGGAUGAAAUGGUGCUCUUAGAAAAGACUACUACAGUUAAUGAUGUAUUAAAGCCAGUUGACGAGUCCCUGUGCACGACUCCACCACCAGUGCCUGCAGUCUUGCCUGAACUUCACCUGCCUGAACUCCACCUGCCUGAUAUGGCUGAUGGUGAAGAUACUGCAGUCCUCAUCCCACUUACACAGGAGCUCACACUGAAUGAGCCCCCAGCUUUUGUUACUGAUAGCAGCAAUGCCAGAGGCAAAUUUCUUGCUGCUGCUCGUCUGCAGUUUCAGGAAGAGGAAUCAAAGGUUUCUGAAGUUGAUGACAAGAAAGAAACUUCAAAUAAUGAUCUUACAGAGGAAUCAGAUGAUAUAUUUGAUUAGGUUUUAUUUAAAUUUACACUGCUUAUAGUAAAUAAUUUUUUAAACUUAAGCUUAAAUUAUAUUUGAAAAAUAGUAUUUUUAUAUAAUUAUUUUUUCUCUUUUUAUUACAGUACUUUCAAAUUCCAAUAAAGUCUUCUGAUUCCUAUUCCUGUAGUAAUAAUCUUGCAUCUUUCUGGGUUAAAGUUCAGUACUGUAUCUAUUUCUUCGAUCACAUCUGGAGAAUGUUAGUUCAUCUUACAGUAUAUUGCAGUCCUCCUCUGUACUGAUCCUGCUCAUUACUUUAGCAUCAUUAAACAUUUAUAUAUCUGCUCUGAUCCUGCUCAUCAGCAAAUAUUUAUGUGAAUGGUUUUAUUUCUUCUGUUGUUACAAAUACCAGUAUUGGGAACAGGAUGAGCCAUAAUAAAUGAUGUAUCACAAGGAAUAGACCCUUGUUAUACAUCAUUCAUUACCUCUUUCCAUUCUCAUAUCUUCCUUCUCACUGUGACUGUCACAUUCAUAAAAGAUACUCUUUCACCCAACUAAAUAUCUUCUAGAUGCACCAGCCUGCUCCUUUGGUUUGCAUUGUAUACAAUACUAACUAGGAUACACACAGAAAUCACAAUAACGUGAUAUAUCAAAUCAAGAAGUCCACAAGGGUCUUGAUGAGGGUUCAGACCUAUGCACUGAGUGUUCCCAGAUACGCCUUAGUCAACUGUAUCACAACAUGGUAAAAGAAUUGCAACCUGGAAUGUUACUGCUCUCACAAGGAUUUCAGUAGAAACCUCGGGAUCCUUGUGAGGGCAGUAGCACUCCAGGUUGCAAUUCUUUUACCAUGUCGUGGUACAGUUGACUAAGGCGUAUCUGGGAACAUUCAGCGCAUAGGUCCGAACCCUCAUCAAGGCUCUCGUGGAUUUGUUCACUAACUAGGAUCUUCAUACAGUGCUAAACUGUACUUUACUCUUAUGAUUAUGGUACAUUCAAUAUUUGGGUCAGUGCAGGUACCAUGCUUUACAAAAUAUUCCCAUCUAUAACCUCUCGAUGCAAUUUUCAUUUAGUCUGAAAUCAAGUUUUGAUGAUUUCUCCGGUCAUACUUCCAUGAUUUACUUGAAAAUGAUGGACUUGAUUAUGUUACAUUUUCCAAAAUGGAGAUGUUGGGGAAGGGGUGGUGGAGAAGGGUGUAGAAAGUGGGGAAAAAAGAGGGAAGGUGAGAAAGGUGGAGAUGAGAGGAGAGGAGAAGAGGGAGGGAUAGGGUAAGAGAGAGACCCAAAUGCUGCUGGGUACCCCAUCUAAUAAAGCAAUAUAUUGUAAUUGUGCAUGGUUAAUAUGAUGAACAAAGUAUCUUGACCAGCAAAUUGGUACUGCUUGAGGAACCUGCAUUUAAUUGUUGGCUAGUUGUGAAUCAUUUUGCAGAGUUUCUGCUGGUUGAACUUGAAAUUAGAGAUAUACUUGAAAUUAGAGGUAUUGCACUCCCUGCAAUACCUCAAAUCUUACCUUACUGACAGGCUCCAGUAUGUUUCUGUGAAUAAUUCAAUUUCUCCCACCCUACCCAUCAACAUUGGUGUUCCUCAGGGCAGCAUACUUGGCCC